CAUUCUUUAUAAAGCCUACCCACGCGUCGGGCGAUUGCAUACCUUGUUUCAGGCCAAGUAAAAGAACGACAAUUACUUCAAUCGUGGUUGUCAGUUUAGUGAUUAUGUGACGUUAGAGUGAUAAACGACGCGGUGAAAUGGUGUCAAAACUUUAUAACAAGCUGCAUCAAAAAUAAGUUUCAAAUAUGUACUCGACGAACGUUGGAUUCUCUGUUUGGUUUUUUUUUCACUGAAUAACUUGAUACGAUAUAUCUCGAUAACAAUCUACGCCUUAGUAACUCUUCGGAUCGGGACUACAAUCACCUUUCAAUCGACAGAUCACUUGCGGGGACGAAGAAUAAUAUCUCUUAUCGCUAAAGACGAUUAUAGAUGUGUGUUAUCUCGAUGAGGAUAUAACUUUUCACGAAAAUACCCGACAAGGGCUAAAUACUAUAAGUUUUAAAAAAUAACGACCUUGAAUAUUAAAAUGGCUAUAGCUCGAAUCAAAUCGUUCAUAGAUACUAGCCUUAAAAAUACAACGUUGAAUCGCACUGCCAAUUUAGAACCGGAAAUUGGAAUCAAAAUAGUGCACUCUCCAGCUUCGAAGGCCCUAUAUGUUACCGUUAUAGGGGCGAGGCACUUGCCUCAGAACUUCGGGUUCACCAGAGUCAACAGUUACGUUGUUAAGGUUAAACUUCUCCCAGGGAAGGAAAAGUUCGAGACAACUCCAAAGAACGAGUCAUGGCCGAAUUGGAACGAAGAAUUCACCUUCCCCCUAUCGAAGGAAACAAAAUCAAAAUUUGGCAAAACAAAAAUUACCGAGGAAGAAAUUAACGGAUCGAAAUUUAUCGUCGCUACGGUUUACGCAGUUCUAGAAGACAAACCUCUGAUAGCAACGGAAAAAAAAGAUAGUGAAAAUGAGAAGAAGAAAGGGGAAUCAUCGAAGAAGGGGAAAAACAGUCAGGUUACGAAAGGCGCUUCGUCAGUUCAGGAAUCUUCAAAAAAUAACAGUCUUUUGACACAAUUUUUUGGUAAGCCUGGUGACAAGGAAAAGUCCGGUCAACAGAAAACCGCGAGGGAAAGAAUUUUCGACAAAAGACGAACCCUCGGCGCGGCUACAGUGAAAUUAGACCCAUCCUCCUUUGUAUCUAAACCGGUCAAACCAAAAAAUCCUAGUGAUGUAUCUACGGGAGAAGUCUGGUGGCCAUUAAAACCGAUAAGCAGUGGAAUUUCCGGGGCAGAAGAGAGGCGAGAGAGCAAGAAAGGUCAAGUAGAGAUAUCAUUAUGCCAAGAAAAAAGUGAGAAGGAAGAUGAAACUGGAGGCAAUCUGGUGUUGUCAUUAAUAAAACUGAGAUGUUCUUUGCAAACAAUGCACGAACACGAAGCAUUGAAGGGUCAACUGUACAUAAAAAUGUCCGUCGUUGACGGCGGUAUUGUCACGCAUUUUUGGAAAAGCGAUAGAUUUUCACCGACAAUUUCUAUCAGUUUUCCACCGGACAUGGCCAGGGUUGUGGCGAAAAAUCCGCAAGGGAAAGACAUCAGUUUCGUUGUAAAAUUCGUUUCCAAAAACAAAAUUGGAAAAAAGACUGCGAUUGGGCAUUUCGUAAUUGGUCCAGAUGUGGAAGGGUCAUAUGGUGAACAAUGGAAACAGGCGUUAGCUAAACCCGGACAACAAAUUACCAAGUGGCAACCGUUCGAAUGAAUCAAGAGAAAUUAAAUAAGAUGUUUUUUUUACGUCCACUGACUGUUUUUACUUUUUAAAACUUGACUCGAUCUGCGGCAGCUAUACUGAUCCUGAUUUUAUUGUACAUGAUAUUCGUUAUCUAUGUAUCAAAUUUAUGAGAUCGCUCAAAGUAUUUUAAAGAAUCACUCGUAUAGUCACCCUAAAAUGUUGAAUAUUAAAUGUCCUACCCCAUCACGCUUAUACUCAACCGCACUUAUUGUUAGAGCCGUUAUCAUCGUUUUUAGAAAUCUAAAGAAUUCCGCAACAUAAUUGUAAGUCGACGAACUUUAGGUACCUAAUAUAUUCAUUACAUUAUAGUUCCUUUUUAUAAUCAAUUCAUGUAAAAUGUAAAUAUUUUUGUAUCAUAUAAUGGGCGGGCUCUGCUUUGCGUGGCUUUGAUUCACACGAAUCACGAACGAGCAUAAUUCUACUAUAAAAACGCACAAGGUAAAAAAGUUUUGAUGAUAUAACGAUAAUCACAAAAAAAUUUCAUCCUUUUUACUCGCACGGUGGCUAACCGAAUUUAGGUCGCAUGGUAUUUCAUUCAUCCACUGACGGAGUUAUUUUGUCCAUUCUGAGUCAAAGUAAUCUGUAUCUUCGUUUUUGUUUAUCAAGUCUAAGAGGAAAAGAAUUUGAAUAUACACAAUGAAGCUAUACUUGAUUUGGUUGAAAAGAGAAGAUUUUGCCAAGAAUCAAUUAGUUAUCGGCAGAGUUUUGAUUGAAAAGCGUCAUUAUUCUAAAAUAUAAGAAACUAUCAUUGGGCAGUUGACAAUCACUUUCAGCUGGAGUUUCCAUAAUGAAUCUAUUUUAGUACUCCGUCCAAUGUCGGUAGUGCCAUAUUAACGUUGUAUAAUAAAAAUGUUGUACAUGUAUUUUAUUGUUGGUCAAGUCAUUUGUAUAUACGUUUGUCGAAUUUUUAAUUUUGCGGUGUCGUUCAAAAUUUGCAGAUAUGUGUAACGAAAUAUAGAUAUUAAUAAAAUCAACACAUAUGAUA